AUGGCGUCGGUUAGGAAGAGAAAGAUGGCCAAGUCCUCCGUCCGGAAGGCGACGAGAAAACACAGGGACAGGGUUAGGAAAGUGAAUAUUCAUGCAAAUCCGAUCAUUGCUGAAAACUGGGACUAUUCCUUGACUCUCGCCCAGAAUUAUAAGAAAUUGGGCCUUGCUGCGAAGCUGCAAACUUCUGCGGGUGGUGAUGAAGCUGACAUGUCGAAGGUUGUUAAAAAAGAACCUCUCGUCAAAUCUUAUUUUAGUGAUUCUGAUGAUGAUGACGAUGAUAAACUUGGCGAUUCAAGAGAGCUCUCGAAUGAAGAGACUGACGAGAAUGCCUUCGAUGCUAAUUAUAUCCCUGAAGGUGAGGCUAGAAUUAAAAGAGAUGAGAAUGGAAACGUGAUUGAGGUCGUUCACGGAAAGAUGAAGGGCACUCGUCCCGAAGAAGCAGGAGAUCAUGGAAAGAAGGACACCGGGGAAAAAACAGAAGUAGUCAAACUUUUAGAGAACUAUGCAUCUCAACCUCGCGUAAGGCAGGAGCGGAAGCUGAGUAGCAGAGAGGAUGAGUGGCUUCUCCGUCUUUACAAGAAACAUGGAGACAACUACAAAAAAAUGUUUUUUGACCAGAAACUCAAUGUAUAUCAGCAAACAGAGGGUGAUAUUAGAAAAAGGAUUUUAAAAUGGAAGGCCAAGAACAAUAUCGACUGA